AUGUACCGUCAUAUUGACGGAGUGGCCAUGGCAUCUCCUUUGGGACCGCUAACGGCUGAUAGUUUCAUGGCGAAAUUGGAAAAUGUUCAACUUGCAACGCACAUCCGUGAAACCGAAAUAUACGUAGGGUAUGUUGACGACACCCUCGUACUUUGCAAAUCCGAAAUGCAUGCAGAACAGUUGCUGAAAGAUUUCAAUGGCGUACACGAGAAUCUCCACUUCGAAUGUGAACACGAACUCGAAAACUGGUUACCUAUCUUGGAU